GGUGGGGCGGGGAGGUGGGGCACGUUAAGGAGGAGUCGGUUGCUGGGCGAUGAGGAUUAUACGGAGCUGGGCGCGCUCGAGGAAAGGGAGAUGCCCAUCGGAAUGGAUGUUUCCACAUUUGGGCCUGAGUAUACGGUGCCGCAUCAGACGGCGAAGGCGAUGGAGACCGCGGGGUUUAAUGAGAAUCUAGCGUACACAGAUACCGGAGAGGCCAUUGAUCUGUCGAUAUUGUCGGGGUUUAAUGAUGAAGGUGGAUUUAAUAGUUUCCGCAGCUUGGAAACAAGAUCGAUACACCGCGCUAGCACGUUCGAUACCUACAACAAACAGAGCUUCUACUUUCCACCGGGCCGACAUGUCCCCAACUGGAAACCGAUAGUACUACAGACAUGGUACCUGGUGAUGUUGAUAAUAUUGACGAUCAUCAUGAUCGCCACCGUCGAGGUCCUGUACCAGCUAUCGGAUCGGCAUGUCUUGCGAAAAGGUCCCAUUCCCGAGGGCGGCGGGUUAUUCUCCUACAUCAAGAUCGACCAUCUCACAACGUUACAAUUUGCAAUCUGGAAAUACGUGCCGACCCUCGUCGGCGUGGUCUACGGUAUCCUCUGGAAAGUGACGGACGAAGAGCUGAAGCGCUCGGAGCCAUACUACCAGCUCAGCAAAGGAUCCUCUGGCGCCCUCGCCGCAGAAUCCCUCAACAUCGAGUACCACACCGUGUGGUCGCCGAUGGUCCCGAUCGCGGCACUGAAGUACCGGCAAUUUGUUGUCGCCGCGGGAGGAAUGAUCUCCUUCCUCGCAUCCACAACAGUGCCGAUCUUCCUCUCCGUCGUGAUCCGCGUGGACCCCUCGCAGAAAGAGCGCAAGAGCCUCCCCGACGGCGGCAAGAGCGCGAUCAAGCGUCUCGUCGUCGACGCGGUGUGGACGCGCCUGGUGGAGGUGAACCUUGCCGUCAUCGUCGUGCUCGCCAUAUACGUGGUGUGGAAGCUUACGCACCGCCGGUCGGGACUGCUCGGGGAUCCCAGCGGCAUUGCCGGGAUCGCCGCCAUGGCGAAUAAGUCUCACAUCCUGAUGGACUUCCGCGACCUCGAUGUGGCGGAUGAAAACCGCAUCCAUAAGCAGCUCGCGAAGCGCACCUACAUCCUCCACAAGGGCGCACUAUGGCAGGCCGAGGUCCUCGCCGACGCCAAUGUUGACGGCGACGCCUCCGCCCCGCGCGCGAUGAACCCACACCCGCUACUCCUCCGGAUCAAGGGCAUGGGCCCGUUCAUGUUCUUCUGCUUCCUGAUGCUCGCGCUGCUGCCGUUCAUGGUAUACAACCCGGCGGCCAACGUGAUAAUCGACAAAGCGCCCUGGGUGAUAACGGGGAUCUCCAUCUUCCUCAAGUCGGUCUGGGAGCUGCUAGAGAAAGACAUGCGAAUGCUCGAGCCGUUCUGGCAGCUGUUCCACCGCAACGCCGGCAGCAGCGUGCUCACACUCGACUACUCCGCGACGAUUCCCGGGUACAUCAUCAUCAAGGCCCUGUCGAAGGGCCACUUCCUCCUCGCUUGGGUCACCUCCGUCACGAUCCUUAUCGAGGUGCUCACCGUCGUCAUGGGCUCGCUCGACGUGCAGGGCGGCGAGGAGAGCCACCUCUCCUCGUCGAUCUCGUUCGGCCUCGCAAUCGCCAUCUUCGUCCUCGUGCUGAUCACGGAGUGGGCAGUGCUGUACUUCCGGCGGCACCCGUUUCUCCCGCGGCAGCCGGGGACGAUCUCGUCCGUACUGGCGUUCAUACACCAGUCGCGCAUGCUCACGGACUUUGAGGGCACGGAGACGGAGAGCACACUGCAGAGGAAGAAACGUCUGGCAAAGGUGGGAAAGCGCUACGGCUUUGGUUGGUACUUGGGAAGAGACGGGAAGAGACACCUCGGCAUUGAUCAUGAGCCGCUACUCGAGGGGUAUAGGUUCGGGAUGGACCCCAGGAAGGCGGUCGUUGAUGCGCCCGUGGGGUGGGAGAGGUAUGAUGGUGCCGGCUGAUGGGUGCUGGAAGUGGGAGAUCCGAGAUGGCUCGAGACGGGGAUGGGAGGCGGGAGGGGAGAGGAGUGGGGGUGAGGAGAGGAGGACAUGUACCGCUGCUGCUGUCUGUAGGGACCUAAUUGGGCGUGCGUACGUGUUCCCGUGUUCUCCAUGUAGAGGAGAAGUUUUGGUUAUAAUGGAACGGUUGAUACCCAUUUGCGCGUUCGUGAAUCGUGAUCAGGGACUGAUAAGGGUGGUAUCAUGAUGAGGUCAUUCGAAUUUCUCAGUAAGCCCCCGCGAUAGCUGCCGAAGAAGCGAACACGCCGCUCGGGAGAGCAAGUGAUUUCAACUAUUACCUAGUAGGGGUAGACUGUGGUCGAGCGAAGGACGAAUCAGCCUUGUAGCUAGCAAGGGGUUGAGUUUGUGACAAGCGGGCCGAGCCGGCGAUAUGAUAGAUG